GAAAGGAAACCAGGCACUGCCUGCCGGCUUUACAUCUGUUGAUCUGACCUGACUGGAAGCGUCCAAAGAGGGACGGCUGUCAGCCCUGCUUGACUGAGAACCCACCAGCUCAUCCCAGACACCUCAUAGCAACCUAUUUGUGCAAAGGGGGAAAGAAACACCUGAGCAGAAUCAUUAUUUUUUUUCCCAAGGAGAAAACCGGGGUAAAGGGAGGGCAGCAAUUCAGUUUGAAGUCCCUGUGAAUGGGCUUUCUUUCAGAAGGCAAUUAAAGAAAUCCACUCAGAGAGGACUUGGGGUGAAUCUUGGGUCCUGUGGUUUUCUGAUUGUAAGUGGAAGCAGGUCUUACACACGCUGUUGGCAAAUGUCAGGAGCAGGUUAAGUGGCAAAAAAACUUCCAGAUGGAAGGAGCAACCCAGGUUCUGCUGCAAGCCUGAAGGAGCCUGGAGCGGAGAAAGUGAACUUGAACAUGACCUGUUGCAUUUGGCAAGUUCCAGCAACAUGCUCCUAAGGAAGCGAUACAGGCACAGACCAUGCAGACUCCAGUUCCUCCUGCUGCUCCUGUUGCUGGGAUGCGUCCUGCUGAUGGUGGCGAUGUUGCACCCUCCCCCGCACACCCUGCACCAGACGGUCACAGCCCAAGCCAGCAAGCACAGCCCUGAAGCCAGAUACCGCCUGGACUUUGGGGAACCCCAGGAUUGGGUACUGGAGGCUGAGGAUGAGGGCGAGGAGUACAGCCCUCUGGAGGGCCUGCCACCCUUUAUCUCACUGCGGGAGGAUCAGCUGCUGGUGGCUGUGGCCUUACCCAGGGCCAGAAGGAACCAGAGCCAGGGCAGGAGAAGUGUCAGCUACCGGCUCAUCAAGCAGCCGAGCAGGAGGCGGGAUGAGGAAGCCACAAAGAGGGACUGGGGGGCCGAGGAGGAGAAUGGGGAGGCAUCUGAAGAAGAGGAGCUGACCCCGUUCAGCCUGGACCCACGUGGCCUCCACGAGGCACUCAGUGCCCGCAUCCCCCUCCAGAGGACUCUGCCCGAGGCGCGGCACCCGCUGUGUCUGCAGCAGCACCCUGAGGACAGCCUGCCCACGGCCAGCAUCAUCCUCUGUUUCCAUGAUGAGGCCUGGUCCACCCUCCUGAGGACUGUGCACAGCAUCCUCGACACAGCGCCCAGGGCCUUCCUGAAGGAGAUCAUCCUCGUGGACGACCUCAGCCAGCAAGGACAGCUCAAGUCUGCUCUCAGCGAAUAUGUGGCCAGGCUGGAGGGGGUGAAGUUACUCAGGAGCAACAAGAGGCUGGGCGCCAUCAGGGCCCGGAUGCUUGGGGCCACCAGGGCCACGGGGGAUGUGCUGGUCUUCAUGGAUGCCCACUGCGAGUGUCACCCAGGAUGGCUGGAGCCCCUCCUCAGCAGAAUAGCUGGUGACAGGAGUCGGGUGGUAUCUCCGGUGAUAGAUGUGAUUGACUGGAAGACUUUCCAGUAUUACCCCUCGAAGGAGCUGCAGCGUGGGGUGUUGGACUGGAAGCUGGAUUUCUACUGGGAGCCUUUGCCGGAGCAUGUGAGCAAGGCCCUCCAGUACCCCACAAGCCCCAUCAGGAGCCCUGUGGUGCCUGGAGAGGUGGUGGCCAUCGACAGACAUUACUUCCAAAACACUGGAGCGUAUGACCCUCUCAUGUCGCUGCGGGGUGGCGAAAACCUCGAACUGUCUUUCAAGGCCUGGCUCUGUGGUGGCUCCGUUGAAAUCCUUCCGUGCUCUCGGGUGGGGCACAUCUACCGAAAUCAGGAUGCCCACUCCCCACUCGACCAGGAGGCCACCCUGAGGAACAAGGUUCGCAUUGCUGAGACCUGGUUGGGGUCAUUCAAAGAAACCUUCUACAGACACAGCCCAGAGGCCUUCUCCUUGAGCAAGGCUGAGAAACCAGACUGCAUGGAACGCUUGCAGCUGCAAAGGAGACUGGGUUGUCGGACAUUCCACUGGUUUCUGGCUAACAUCUACCCUGAGCUGUACCCAUCUGAACCCAGGCCCAGAUUCUCUGGAAAGCUCCACAACACUGGACUUGGGUUCUGUGCAGACUGCCAGGCAGAAGGGGACAUCCUGGGCUGUCCCAUGAUGUUGGCUCCUUGCAAUGACAGUCGGCAGCAACAGUACCUGCAGCACACCAGCAGGAAGGAGAUCCACUUUGGCAGCCCACAGCACCUGUGCUUCGCUGUCAGGCAGGAGCAGGUAAUUCUUCAGAACUGCACGGAGGAAGGCCUGACCAUCCACCAGCAGCACUGGGACUUCCAGGAGAAUGGGAUGAUUGUCCACAUUCUUUCUGGGAAAUGCAUGGAAGCUGUGGUGCAAGAAAACAAUAAAGACUUGUACUUGCGUCAGUGUGAUGGGAAAGCCCGCCAGCAGUGGCGAUUUGACCAAGUCUAUGCUGUGGAUGAACGAUGAAUGUCAAUGUCAGAGGGAAUAGAGAAUUUUGGCCAUCACAGUUCAUCUCCAAGUGAACUUAAAGAGCUUAUGUAUUUCAUGAAGCUGGCCCUUUUGUGUUUGUGCUCCUGGUAUUAGGAGAGAAAAAAGCUCCAUGAAAGAAUAUAGGAAGUUUCUCCUUUUCACACUUUAUUUCAUUGACUGCUGGCUGCUUUUUUUUUUUUUUUUAAAGGAUCCAUUUUAUCAUUGUCUUCAUCACUGGGAAAUGAUUAUUACAUAGUAUAAAAGAUUAGUUGUUUUUCUCCACUGAGCACUUAACAAUUGCUUUCUCUCUGGCCUGGACAUUCUCUGGCAGCACCUCCAGGAUACAUAAAUCCAAUGGAUCAAUUUAUUUGUCUUCAAAUGGCCUUAACUUGGAUUGUCUGUUUGGCCAACCAUGAAAAUUAAGGAGUGACGUGGAUAUAAUGGCCUGACAUUCCAAAAGCUCUGCAUUGGGUUUAUGAGCACAAAUGUUGUGUGCAUUUGUUGAGCCAUAUCUCAGAAGAAGAAAGGAAGCUGCAGAGAGGAAGUUUACGUUUGGAGAGAAGAUGCAGGAGCACUUUGGCCCAAUUCUCCAGCUCAACCCAGCAGCUGAAGAGUCAGAGACCUUGGAAAAGUCAUUUUCAUGUUAAUGAGAAUUUUCCCCACUAUGGAGAAUUUCCUUCCUAAUGAGAAUCUACCUCCAUUCGCCCUUCUGUGUCUCUCCUCUAACUUGGUUAACGAUGACCGGAUUCCGUUGCAAUCGAUUUCUCUUUAGUCGUUGGUGUCGGGAGUAUCAGCACAAACUGAACAUUCCCAUUAAUGAACGUGUUCACAGUUGAGAAACUCUCCUGCUGGGCGUGGUGGCUCAUGCCUGUAAUUCCAGUGCUUUGGGAGGCCAAGGUGGGCAGAUCACCUGAGUUCAGGGGUUUGAGACCAGCCUGGUCAACAUGGUGAAACCCCAUCUCUACUAAAAAUACAAAAAUUAGCCGCGCGUGGUGGUGCAUGCCUGUAAUCCCAGCUAGUUGGAAGACUGAGACAGGAGAAUCGCUUGAACCCAGGAGGCAGAGGUUGCAGUGAGCCAAGAUUACACCACUGCACUCGAGCCUGAGUGACAGAGCAAGACUCCAUCUCGAAAAAAAAAGAAAAAGAAAAAGGAAAAAAAAAAAAGACUCUCCUGAUACCUUGUUACAGGGUUUGCACUGACUGGAUCAGAAAGAGCAACCUUUCCAAAAAGGCAAAGCUCCCUGGAAGGAAAACUCUUAUGACAGGUAACAAUCGGGUGUUAAUGUUCAUGAGAGCUGACAGGGCCAUCUCUGAGCCUGUAUAACUGUCUGGGACCCUCAAAUGUGUCCACAGAUUGAAUGUUCAUAAGUGUGGGAAGAGCACGGCUCAUCUGGAGCACAGCAGAGGCUAAUAAGAGGUAAAUGACUUUCCUUGCCCUGACCUGGGUUACCUAGUUCAGCCAUAAGAGUUGCUGAGUGGGAUGGGCUCUGCUAUUUAAAAAACGCCAUUCAUAUUCAUUUUUCCCCACAUGGAGUUACCUUUCCACAUGGUCAGCUUAGAAAUCUUCCCCUAAAGAUGCUGAUCUCCUUUAGGCUGUCUCAGAACACAGUAUCCUUCAAAUAAGAAAAACUGGGUGGCAAGUGCAGUGUUUCCAAACAAUACCUAUCAUAACCACGUAUUCACUGUCUACCUGCUAAGUCAAGUUUUCACUGUAUUUCUCCUUCCUCAGAAUACACUCUGGACCUGUGCUGUAUAAUAUGGUAACCACUAACCAAAUGCGGCCAUUUUAAUGUAAAUUCAUUAAAAUCAAAGAAAAUGUAGACCUCAAUUCCUCGAUUGGACUGGCCACAUUUCAAAUGCUAGCUACCCACCUGUGGCUAGGGUCUACUGUAUUGGUGAGCACGGAUACAGAACAUUUCUUCAUCACAAACCGUUCUGUUGGACUGAUCUAGAUAGAUUCAUUAUCCCUUCUAGAGAAGAGACUUUAGCCACUGUGUUCUUGCUUCAGACCCAUCUAUAUUUAAAACAAGUUUCCCUAAAUCCUGAGACUGAAAUGGAGCUAAAAAUUCUCAGUUGACAACUUUGUAAAGGGUAUUAGUGGUUGAAGAAAAAAAAAUUUUAAGACCUCUAUUUUUUAAAUGAAUUUUAUUAUUGGCAUUGUGGGCGUUUGAAGUUGCUGGGAUAAAUUAGUAUAAUUAAAUAAAAGGCUGAAUUCAAUUGUG